CAGUUUUCGCUAUAAAUAUUAUGAUUCUGAUGUAUGAUGAUUACAAAACGUGACACUUGUACUGUUUUGAUCACGUCAUCUAACAUUACAGUAUAUAAUUGUUAAAUAAUCUUUACUUUUCAUGAAUCACUUGUCAUGAAUGAGGAUAACGUGUGGAGUGAACUAGCGAGCAUUCCUGCCGAUCCCCCUGAGACAAGAGACAAAUGUCAACAAUGCAAGAGACCUGUACAGGUAUGCUGGUGUCCAGGUUUACCGAAACAGCGUCUCAAUCCAGCGUCAAGGAUAAUAAUCCUGCAACAUCCAGCAGAGGCUAAGCGCUGUUUACGUACGGUACCAAUGCUCACAUUGGCAUUAGAAUCGGGAAAGUGCCUAAUUUUUAGAGGGAAGAAGUUUCCGUUGCCUAAGCACGAGGGCCUGGCAGAGAUAUUAAAUGACGAGAAUACUAUUUUACUGUACCCAUCGCCUGACGCUGUGGCACUGGACACGCUAGAUCCAGUUGGAAUUAAUAAACAGAAAGCAUAUAACUUGGUUCUGCUGGAUGGAACAUGGCCACAAGCAAAAGCAAUAUAUCACUCGAGUCCAGCUCUGUAUUUUCUGCGAGCUUGCAAGCUGAUCGGAGUGCCGACUAGUGAAUAUGUGAUCAGAACACAGCCAACAGAAGGCUGUCUCUCGACAUUAGAAACAGGCGCAAAUGCGCUUUCAAUUCUAGAAGGCGAUCCCGAACUGAGAAAGAAGAUGCUGGGUCCACUACAUUAUUUAUGCAGAUUUCAAUUAGAAAAUGGUGCGGUAACACAUCAGAGCAAAGAAUUUCUUAUCAAACAGAAAACUUAUCCCAAAUUAAUAGGCAAAAGACUCGCCAAACAAUUACGUAUCUUACCAGACAGUACCUCAUAA